ACGUUUUGUAGGAGUCUGAAGCUGUGUAUGAAGGAGAAAACAAGCAAUGUUAAACUUGAAAAAAAAAAACAAGAUCUUGCAAUGAUUUUCAAAUAUGAAAUGCAGACCUCCCUUCAAUAAAUGUCAUACUCCAUCUGACCGUGGGAGUAAAAAUAAAAUAAGUGGUGCUUUCAAAAGCCAUCGAAUAAAGCCGCUCUUCUUUCUUACCCUGAGUUUCUGGUCAAUUCACAUUUCUUUCCCCAUAAAAGUGUCCAAAUGAAUAUUUAAUAAAGUUCCAUGAAAUGUUUCCAGGAAUUUUACAACUCUUUUACAGCCGAAAAUGUCUGCCUUUUUGAGGAGGCUGAAUAUUACGAACAGCUCUGGUUACAAUGUACUGCAAACUACUUCAGCUCUCCAAGUGCCACCAUCAUGACCAACAUUAAAAUAGUCGUAAAUACUAUGCAGUUUGAACAUAAAUGCACUUAAAUUGAAGAAACUAUAAAAAUGUAAUUAAAUGAAUAGUGUGGCUAUGUAGAUAUUUGAAAGCAAAGUUUUAAAAAAUGAAAUGUAACUGCAUACAGUAAAACUAACUUAAGUGCAAUAUAUUGUACUUAAAAGUGAAAUAUAAGUGAACUGUGCCUAACAAAUGUCCUGUGCAUUAUCAAACAUAAAUUAUGUCACUAAAAAUACAUCACACUGCUCGAACAAUCAUGUUCAUUUCAACCGCUCCUCAUGCGCUCGAGGCUCGAUCUACGGGAAACAUCCCUUGCAGGAUUUGCGCUCCGGCGUUACCGUGCGCUUGCCCGGGUGUACCUAAUGAAGUGGCCGGGGAGCGAACACAAACCAACCCACGUUUGUGACGUCACGCCCCUCCUUUCGUCCUCGCUUGUGCGCCAUUGGCGCGAGUUUGCCAACCUGGAUUUGAAGGAAUGGAAGGAGCCGGUUCGCCGUGGUCUCGAACAUCUGGCGCUUAAAUAGGCUCUUCCACCCCCUGCGAGCAUGGACCCGAGUCUGUGGCAUUACCAGUUCCGUAUCAUUAUGCUGGGCGACUCCACGGUUGGCAAGUCGUCACUACUCAAGCGCUACACAGAGGACCACUUCCUGGAGGCCAUCGACGAGACGGUGGGAGUGGACUUCUACGUGUACUUCCUCGAGGUGGAGCCCGGGGUCCAAGUCAAAAUGCAAUUCUGGGACACUGCCGGCCAGGAGCGCUUCAGGUCGGUGACCCGGUCUUACUACCGCAACUCCGUGGGGGGCCUGCUUGUGUUCGACCUGACUAACCGAGCGUCCUUCGAACACAUCCGGGACUGGCACGCCGAGGUUUGCGAGCACGUACUGCCCCACAAGGUCCUGUUCGUCCUGGCGGGCCACAAGAGCGACUGCGACGGCCACGGCAAGCGGGCAGUGAGCAGGGACGAGGCUGAGAAGCUGGCCGCAGUCUUGGGGGUGCCCUACGUGGAGGCAUCGGCCAAGGAGGGUCACAAUGUCAAAGAGACCUUUGAGCUGCUGGCCCGUCGGGUGUACCAGGGUCUGAAGAGCGGCGAGGUGCAGCUGCACGAGGAUUGGGACGGGGUUAAGUGCGCAAUGCCGCUGGAUUUGCUGGGACACGGGACCAGCCGGGCUCGGACCACAGAUAAGAACAAAAAGAAAUGCUGUCCCUAAAGCAGCGGUUUUCAACCUUUUUGUUGAAAUGAUUAAAUCUACAACUCACCAUUCUACUGAAUCCAGUUCUUCUAAUUACCCGAAGCAGUUUUGAAGGCUUCAUUGGGUCAUUUACAAGAACCCCUUUUUUAAAAAUAGGACUGCAGAUCUAUAAAAAUGCAGCUUUCCUUUUAUUGAAAGUUGUAGGCUCUUCUUCUGCAUCGUCAUUUAGCCUUUUCCUUUCGGAAGAAUCUCUCCAAUUAUUUUUUUAUGUUUUUUUUUCUUAAUUUUUGCUAUCUAGUGGUGUUACUUUUUAAAUAUAUUUUAAAACAGUGGUGGUGGUUUUAGGGAAAAAAAAAAAACCACAGAGUUAAGUGAAACAAUUCUACAUAAAUCUCCUCGACUAUUACAUUCAUGAAGUUUUCCAUACGUCUGUCAAAAUUGACUUUUCUUUAACAUUUGUAAUGACGUCCAUUGGAUUCUGUUGAAUUAGAUUUUUAUGUUGACAACUGACACCUCCACCUGUACUGUUGUGCGUCCUCAUCAUCUGAUAUUUUUGGAUCUUUUCUAACCUCCACGGGUCAUUUCUGUGCAUCAAUGUUUUGGGUUCCCUUCUCCACUGGCCUCUUUCACAGAGCAUUAGAACCAUACUAGAGGAGCAGCCAUUUAUUCCAGUCUUUAGUGCACAACAACGAUUCAACAUCCUGCAAACAGAUGGUAAAGCAUAUACAGUAUACACAUACUGAUAAUCAAGACAUUUGCUUUUCUUAAUUAAUUCUUAAUUUUUCUUAAUAAUAAUUCAUAAUUAGGUUGUUGAAUUACUGAAUGUGAGAAGUGUGGCCUUCUGGACCUCCUGAGGGCCCUUUCAUCACAGAGAGCGACCCCACGAGGGGAAAUCAAUUCCCCUUUUAACAAUGCCUAUGAUUGACAAACAUUUCGAGUAACAAUUUUGUUUUUGGGGGUGUGGACCUGUGCGCGCAUCACUUCAGGUACACCAGUACAAUCCAAUUACAACAGCUGUUAAAUAUCAUUGAUACACAGCUCUUGUAUGAUCUCUUCGGUGUACCUGCUGAAGUGUCCAGUGAGCUUCUAUUUUUAUGGUAUUCUCGGACCUCUGCUGCAUCCCCACUAAUUGCCCGGAAUCUGCCGAGCUGAGUGAGAAGAUUUGUUUUCACACGCCCGACGUUGACAAUUAUUAGGAAAUCGCCCCGGGGCACUUUUGGAUAUCGCUGUGGAGCAAUAUCGAAAAAGAAGUCAUCAAGGCAAUUACUGUCGUGCUCGGUGUGACGAAUGAGCCUCCUGUGUCCGUGCAGGCUAUUUAUUUUGUCUCUAAGACACUCUCCCCUAAGACUCGCAUUGUUAUGCAGUGUAUAUAAGGUGCUUCUCUGGAAAUAAACAGCGCGCCAAGUAAUCAAAUGCCACUUCAUAGCCUGAAAAGUCACUCCAAACAAUGAAGUCCUAUGCUGUACAUGAGUCGGGUACUUUUCCUUCUCCUCUAUGGAAUUAUAUUCUUCUUAUUUGGAUGAGCACCAAGUUUUACAUCAUAUACAGUUUAGUCAUUACCAUUCAUGCGUGGACAAUUGAUUACUAUAAUUUUAAAUGAUUUUUGCUGAUUUGUGAGUGGAUGAUAUAUUUUUGGGGCCUUUGCAUCUUUGUAUAAAGGCACAAUGGCUAAAUAAUUACAUACUUUAUCUGGAAAACAGUCAUCAUGGCCUUUAGAUGUCACUUUAAUGGGAUGUAGCCCAGAUUGAUUUUUUUUUUUUUUAAUAAUCUCAAGCAGACAAUCAUGGUGUAGGAUUGAGUAAAAACUUUUUUUUUUUAACCUAUAAAAAAGUCGAUCUUAACUGCAUAUCAAGUGGUUUUGUAAGUUACUUUGCAUUUUAUGAGCAUUGGAGACACUUAAGCAGAAAAAGUUUUAAAAAUUUGGUUAUUAUGAGGAAAUGUUCAUCUCAUUCUAACAGAUACAAAUUGAGUUUUGACUUUGUUUCCGAGAGACAAAUAAAAUUGUAGAUUUGUGUAGAAACUGAAGCAUUAAUCCACUGAAGGUUUUGUGGUUAUUAUUGAGUUUGUGCUAAUUUGUGAGUUUAAUAACCACCGCACUUUAGUCACAUUUCAGAUCAUAUCCCAUACUCGUAUAACUUAAUGUGGUUUGUUGCAAAUGUCUUUGAAUUUGUUUAUUAGGGGGUCAUGUAAAAUAUAUAUUUUGGUACAUUCAUCAUACGAUAUAUAUCACCAAAUA